CUCCUGUCAGAUAGUUUUUGUAUUUUUUUCGCCGCUGCCGUUCUGUUGAAUUUUGUCGUUCUCUUUUCCACAUCAUUUAUACUCCCAACCCUUGUACAAUUAUCCACGCAGCCUUCAGCUCAGCCUUAUCUUUUUGCACCUGUUUAUUAGCAGUACUCAAGCUCCCUGCGGAAAAAGGGCCCAGUUUGCGCACAGGCUUUUCUGGAAUUCGGACACCGCCGCAUGAGCAAGAUAGCAGCCGCCUCCACACAACCACCCCCAGACACUAGAGCCCCAUUUGUGGGGAGCACAGCAGAGACCAACAGCGUGCUCUACCAGCAGAUGCACAGCGAACGGGACCACUACUGGCCCUCUGGGGGCAUUCCUCCUCACCGCGAUACCGGCGACCAACGGCUACAGGGAGCAGAGCCACGGGCACAGUACCAGCACUCGCAUGCGUUUAUGAGCGGUGAUAUUACGCUGGUGCCUGAACGGAGGCCUGGCGAUGUCGUAGGCGAGAAUUUGGGUCAGAGCACAGCAGCGAUUGGUAUGGGUGGCGGCAGAGAGCGGCAGCUGCUAAACAAGUUGCCAGCCAAAGACGAAGGCGCGCUGCAGGAUAUUCGUCAGGGCUCGACCCAGGCGGCGGCCCCCUUCUGGUCCCAAUCGCUCAAAAACUCGAUAGCUGGCGCCGGCGCUGGCGCAGUAUCAUCCAUAGUGACGUGCCCACUGGAUGUGGUAAAGACACGGCUACAAUACCAAGGCGUGCUGCAGGAGAAGUACAGGCGACUCGGGCAUAAGCCAUACCGCGGCACAUUCAGCACACUGGAGCGGAUAGCGGCUGAGGAGGGCAUGCGUGGGCUGUACCGCGGCCUGGCGCCGAUGCUGAUGGGGUACUUGCCGACAUGGGGCAUAUAUUUUGCAGCAUACGAAGGGCUAAAGGCCAAGACUUCACAGGUACUCGGCUGUCAGCCAGGCCACGCAGCUGUGCACGUCGUGUCGGCAAUGGGAGCGGGCGCAACGACAUCUCUGCUGACAAACCCGGUGUGGGUGCUGAAAUCGCGGUUCAUGACCCAGAGCGCGUUCACGGACUACCAGUACACGAGCAUGUGGCAUGCAGUGAAGGUGAUCCAAGCGCACGAAGGGUGGAUAGGGUUUUACAAGGGCCUCGGGACGAGUCUGCUGGGCGUAACACAUGUAGCUGUGCAGUUUCCUCUUUACGAGCAGCUCAAGGCGGUUCUCAACGACGAUCCAACUCACCAGCUCGCGUCAUCACGUAUCCUGCUGGCGUCAGCCAUCUCUAAGAUGUUUGCGUCCAGUGUGACAUACCCGCACGAGGUUAUUCGCACGAGGCUGCAGAACCAGUCGACACAUCCGCCAAAAUAUAGAGGCAUUGCCCAUGCUGUCCGGCUGAUUUACAAGGAGGAGGGAGUGUCCGCGUUCUAUCGGGGAUUGUCGACGAAUCUGAUUCGGACCGUGCCCGCCAGCAUGAUGACCCUGCUGACAUACGAGCUGCUGAUUCGCAUGUUGUAAAUGUAGAAAGAUGGUUCGUUUUUCCAGGGUGAACUUUCAUGUGAAAACUAUCGUUUAUCCGCACUGCUGAUUCGAUUAUCCGCACAUCGAUAUCGCGCAUGUAUGCCCAUGUGUAUGUCGCACGACUAAUGUAUUGGGAACAAUCUCAGAC